GUUGCUCAAGCGCUCAACAGCAGCAGAAGCAGAAGCAAAAGCAGCAGCUAAUACAGCCACUCAGAAAGAGCGCGCGCGAAAAUAAUUUAUGCUAACAAAUACAAAUACAGCGAAAUAAAACAACAGUAAUAAAAUGUGUAUAGCAACAACAAAAACAACACGCCCACGCUGUUGUAAAAAUUAAAAUGUUUAACUAACUAUAACUGUGUGAGUAGUGUUCAGUGUUUAGUGCUCAGUGUGUAUUUGCAUUUGCAUUUGUGGCCAAAAUGCACACGGCUAACGCAGCUUUACUCCGCCAGCAAGCAGGCCAAGAAGUCUCACAUUAGAAGCCCAAAAAGACCAGCGCAGUCUUCAAGCUGAGACGCAUACCACAGCAGCCACAGCAAAAACAACAACAUACAUACAUAUAAAGUGGCGAAAGGUGCACCCACCAGCAAAAGCAAGCAACAGCAUUCAAACAACGUAAGGCCUUACGUCUCUUUUACGUUCAGUGAUAGUGUGCCAUAGCGUAAUUCCACACACAGCAAAAUAUUCAAAGUGCCAAAAUUGUUUAUAUAAAAUACAUUUUACCUGUGCUGGCAUCGCUCUGCUAAUUACAACGAUCAAGGGGCUAGAAUGUUCCACAAGUUCCUUAGUGCCAUAAAUGCAAUAUCGAAACACCAACCACUAACAACAGCAGCAACAACAACCACAACAACAACAAGUGCCUUUAAAACGAAACAACCAAGCAACAAGAACAACAGAACAUAAUCGUGAUAUUAAUAUGUCUAUAUACUCGUAAUCGAAAAGCUUGCCAGCUGCAAAUCGAAUGCCUCAGACUCGAGUCUUUUACUGAUAAAAGCAACACUAAGCAAAAGGAAGACGAAGACGCGUUGACCAAGCGAUAAUGUCCACAUCCACAGCCACCACAAGCGUGAUAACCUCCAGCGAGCUGACGCUAGCAAGUCAUCCACACCACAACACACACACACACACACACACUCUGCAUUCGCAUUCGCACUCGCACACACAGCGUCUGGGCCUGGGAUUGGGUGUGGGCGUGGGCGUGGGCGUAGGCAUUGGUGUGGGUGUGGGCGACACCUCGCUCUCGCCCAUACAUCAGCAGAACACGUCGCCAUUGGGACAGAACGGGGUGCCGCUCUUGACCACAAUGCACCGCUCGCCGGACAGUCCGCAGCCGGAGCUGGCGACGAUGACGAAUGUGAAUGUGCUGGACUUGCAUACAGACUCCUCCAAGCUGUACGACAAGGAGGCUGUCUUCAUAUACGAGACCCCCAAGGUGGUGAUGCCAGCAGAUGGCAACGGCGCUGGCGCCGGCAGCGGCAACUCCAAUGGCGGUCACGACGCCGAUGGCCAAGUCAUAGAUGCACGCAUUGCCGCGCAGCUGGGCUCACAGCAUUUGGCGCCACCACAGCAGCAGCAGCAGCAGCAGCAGCAGACGGAGCAUCAGCCGCUGGCCAAGAUCGAGUUCGAUGAGAAUCAGAUCAUACGCGUGGUGGGCCCCAACGGCGAGCAGCAGCAGAUCAUCUCGCGCGAGAUCAUCAAUGGCGAGCACCACAUUCUCUCGCGCAACGAGGCGGGCGAACACAUCCUCACGCGCAUCGUCAGCGAUCCCUCCAAGCUGAUGCCCAACGACAACGCCGUGGCCACCGCCAUGUACAAUCAGGCGCAGAAAUUGAACAACGAGCAUCAGGGCGUCUAUCAGACUUCGCCGCUGCCGCUCGACGCCUCAGUGCUGCACUAUGGCAACGACAAUGUGAUCAAGACCGAGGCGGAGAUCUAUGAGGAUCACAAGAAGCAUGCGUCGGCUGUGGCCGCGGCGGCUGCUGCUGGCGCCGGCUCCAUUAUCUACACCACCUCCGAUCCGAACGGCGUCAAUGUGAAUGUCAAGCAGCUGCCGCAUUUGGCGGGCGUGCCGCAGAAGCUCGAUCCGGAGCUGUAUCAGCCGGACAAGCACAUCGAUCUGAUCUACAACGAUGGCAGCAAAACUGUCAUCUACUCCACCAGCGAUCAGAAGGGCCUGGAGAUUUACUCUGGCGGCGACAUCGGCAGUCUGGUCUCCUCCGAUGGCCAAGUGGUGGUGCAAGCGGGUUUGCCCUAUGCCACCACCACUAGUGCGACUGGACAGCCUGUCUACAUUGUGGCCGAUGUCGAGGAGCAUUUGCAGGGCAAUGCCAGCAACGCCGGCAAACUGAAUGGACAGACCACACCUAUCGAUGUCUCUGGCCUAUCGCAAAAUGAAAUUCAAGGCUUUUUGCUUGGUUCACACCCCUCGUCGUCGGGCAGCACAACCGGCGUGGUAUCCACCACAACCAUCUCAAAUCAGCAGCAUCAGCAACAUCAACAGCAGCAGCAACAACACCAACAACAUCAACAGCAGCAGCAGCAGCAGCAACAGCAGCAACAUGCCAACGACAACAUUGUAACCAUCACCACAGCUGGCGUGGGGAGUGCGGGCUCAAUUGUCUCCACCAGUGUGCAGCAACAGCAGCAGCAGCAGCAACAGUUGCUGAGCAUCAAACGAGAGCCCGAAGACUUGAGCAAGGAUCCCAAGAAUGCCGCCAAUGCCAAUGGCUCAGUCAUCACACAAAAGAUAUUGGAUGCAGGCUGUACUGAAGCUGAGACAAGACCACAAUUAGAAUUAGCCACAGCAACAACAACAACAACAACAGCAACAGCAACAGCAACAAGAACAAGCACAGCUUCUGCUAGUCCCGCCAGCUCCACUAGAAAUCUAGAGAUGUACGCAACCACGGGCGGCACACAGAUUUAUCUACAGACCUCACACCAAAAUGGCAGCGGGAACAGCGCCACCAGCGUCUCACAGCCGAACGCACUGCAGCCGCAGAGUCCCAGUCCAGGACCCUACAUAACAACCGAUGGCUACGGCAUGUACACAACCACACGCCUGCCUCCCGGCCCGCCACCCACCGCCACCUUCAUCACAGAGCCCUACUAUCGCGAAUACUUUGCCCCAGACGGCCAAGGCGGCUACGUUCCCGCCUCGGCGGCGGCCGCAGCCAGCAGCGCGCGCAGUUUGUACGGCGAGGAUGUGUCCGUCACACAGCCGCAGCCCGUGGGCGGCGUCUACGAGGCGCGCUUCAGCAGUCAGGCGCCCACCACCACCACAGUGCUAACCAGCAGCAAUGCACAUCACCAACAACACAGUCAGCAACACCAACAGCAGCAACAGCAGCAGCAGCAGCAGCAACUGCAACAGCAGCAGGAGCAGUCGGGCAAGAGUAACGGCACUCCACUGUACGCCAAGGCGAUUACAGCGGCGGGUCUAACGGUAGAUUUGCCCAGUCCGGAUUCGGGCAUUGGCACGGAUGCGAUCACGCCGCGGGAUCAGAAUCACAUGCAGCAGUCCUUCGACUACACGGAACUCUGUCAGCCGGGCACGUUGAUAGAUGCGAACGGCAGCAUACCCGUCUCCGUGAACAGCAUUCAGCAGCGCACUGUGGUGCACGGCAGCCAGAAUAGUCCAACCACAUCCCUGGUGGACACAAGCACAAAUGGCUCAACGCGCUCGCGACCUUGGCACGACUUUGGCCGACAAAACGAUGCGGACAAAAUACAAAUACCAAAAAUCUUCACAAAUGUGGGCUUUCGCUAUAACUUGGAGAGUCCAAUUAGCUCGUCACAGCGCCGUGAGGACGAUCGCAUCACCUACAUCAACAAGGGCCAGUUCUAUGGCAUUACCCUGGAAUAUGUGCACGAUGCGGAAAAGCCAAUCAAGAACACAACGGUUAAGAGCGUCAUCAUGUUAAUGUUUCGCGAGGAGAAGAGCCCCGAAGAUGAGAUCAAGGCCUGGCAAUUCUGGCACAGUCGUCAGCAUUCUGUGAAGCAAAGAAUCUUGGAUGCAGAUACUAAGAACUCAGUGGGUCUGGUGGGUUGCAUCGAGGAGGUUUCACAUAAUGCGAUUGCGGUUUAUUGGAAUCCGUUGGAAAGCUCAGCUAAGAUCAACAUUGCGGUUCAAUGCCUCAGCACGGACUUCAGCAGUCAAAAGGGAGUCAAGGGCCUGCCGUUGCAUGUACAGAUCGAUACAUUUGAGGAUCCCCGAGAUGCGUCAGUCUUCCAUCGAGGCUACUGUCAGAUAAAAGUCUUUUGCGAUAAGGGCGCCGAGCGCAAGACGCGCGACGAGGAGCGACGCGCCGCAAAGCGUAAAAUGACAGCAACGGGACGCAAGAAGCUGGACGAGCUCUAUCAUCCGGUCACAGAUCGCAGCGAGUUCUAUGGCAUGCAGGAUCUGGCCAAGCCGCCAGUGCUCUUCUCGCCCGCCGAGGAUAUGGAAAAGAGCUUUUAUGGCCAUGAGACUGACUCGCCGGAACUGAAGGGUGCGUCGCCGUUCUUGCUGCAUGGUCAGAAAGUGGCCACGCCCACGCUCAAAUUCCACAAUCAUUUUCCACCCGACAUGCAGACCAGUGACAAAAAGGAUCACAUAUUGGACCAGAGCAUGCUGGCCAGCACGCCACUGUCGGACUUUGGGCCACCCAUGAAGCGUGGCCGCAUGACGCCGCCCACAACGGAGCGUGUGAUGCUCUAUGUGCGGCAGGAGAACGAGGAGGUCUACACACCGCUCCACGUGGUGCCGCCCACCACAAUUGGCCUGCUCAAUGCGAUUGAAAACAAAUACAAAAUCUCAACAACGAGCAUUAAUAACAUAUAUCGCACAAAUAAGAAGGGGAUUACUGCGAAAAUUGACGAUGAUAUGAUAUCGUUCUACUGCAAUGAGGAUAUCUUCUUGCUGGAGGUGCAGCAGAUUGAGGACGAUCUGUACGAUGUGACGCUCACCGAGCUGCCCAAUCAGUAGACACACAGAUACACACACGCAUACAGAUUAACACACAAAUAUGAGGACACAAUUUUUGCAAGCGGAAAACACUUGUUUCAAUAAGCCAUUUUUUAAAUACGUGUAAACCAUAAGUUUUAUGUAUAGGCAUUAAUCGUAUGAACUAAAUCAAAAGCAAGAGCUGAGACCUUUUAAGCGUUUAGUCGAUUAAUCAUUGUAUACAUUACUUAGAAUGUCUGUACUUGUUUUUUGUUUAGUUAUUGUAGUAACAAUGAGAUUAUGAAUAAAUUUCUUUAACAAAUUUACAUGCUCGCUAU